GUGAUUUGAACAUUUCAGGUUAAUUUAAUGAUGGCCGUGCCUGGAAAAAAGGCAUCUGAAAAGGCAACAACUCUUUCUCAAGGUUGUGCUGAAGAUUUUGAAGUUUACUGUCAGCCAUGUGACAGAGAUGAUGUUAGACAACCUGCCUUUGGAUACUGUGUGGACUGUAAGGAGCAUUUAUGCCAAGCAUGUUUCAUCACCCACAGGAAACCUAAACCAUCACAGCAUCAUCAGCUUCUUGACAAAGAGCACAUGCCCAUGAAACAAAACCUUCAGAUUGCAUCAAAAUCUACUCCUACUAAAAAAGCUGACAGUCUAACAAUGCCGUGUUCUAAGCACACAAAAGAAGUGAUCAAGCUGUAUUGUCAUAAGCAUGAUGCACUGUUGUGCAGUGUAUGUGCUGCCCUUCAACACACACCACCAUCCUGCCAUGUAGCCUACAUACCUGAUAUAUCACAACAGACUUUAGACAGCAAUGAGUUCAACAAAACUUUGAAAGACCUGGACCAAAUGACAGAAAAAUGCAGCAAGGUUACAAAAGAUCAAAAACAAAGGGUAGCUAAAUCAACAACUUCUCUUGAAGAUGCUAUUACACAUAUAGACAACUUCAGAGAAGAGAUUAAUAAAAGAGUAAAUGAACUAGAAAAAGAGGCUAAAGAUACAGCAACAACAAUCCAACAUGACAACAACAAAAAGUUGACAACAACAGAAACAACAUGUGAGAAUCUUGUCAAAUCUCUUCAAGUGUCUGCCGACUCACUCAAACAUCUCAACACGAACAAGAAAGCUGAUCAACUGUUUACUGAACUUAAAAUAGCUCAGCAACUGAUUAAAGAUAGCGAACAAGGAAUAUCACAACUACCAGCAGUUGAAAAUACUCAUGAAUAUGUCUUUGAACCAAACAAAGCCAUCCUAACACUCCUUCAGAAUGAGAAAUCAUUUGGAACUAUGAAACAUAAAAAUCAAAAACAGUCAGCUGAGCCACCAAAUCAAUCUGAAGCAGCAAUAAAAAGCUUUGGACAUAUCUUAAUUGGAUUUGGUUUUAUUUCGGGAUUGGCUGUUUCUCCUCCAAACCAUUUAUUUGUAGCAAGACGUGAUGACCAAUCAAUUAAAAUGAUAGACCUAGAAGAUAUUGAAAAAGUCAUUCAAAAACUAUCAUUUAAAUCAGGACCCUGGGAUUUAACAGUAAUCAACAAAGAUACAAUUGCUGUUACAACACCAUGUAUUGGAAGAAUUCAGUACCUUUCCUUCUCCUCCAAUACCCUCUCACUGAAAAGUAAACUGAAAGUUGGUGGCAAAUGUUAUGGUAUCAGUCAUCAUCAGGGAAAACUUGCAGUAACUUUUUUACAUCCUGGUAAACUCCAUAUCAUGAACUUAAAAGGUGUCAUACUCAAUAAAGUGGAAAAAGAUUCAAAUGGUGAAGAUAUCUUUGGUGAACCUGAAUAUGUUGAUACAAACAGUCAAUCAAUCUAUGUAUCUGACCAUAAGAAGUCAAUUAUGUGGUUUAACUGGCAGGGGGAGAUGAUAGGCAGGUAUGAUUUAGGUAAAACCCGUCGUAGCAUUGCACUGUUAGAAGAUGGGUCCCUUUUAGUUAGUGAUUAUUCUAAUAGUAUCAUAUAUAGAGUAAACGUUGACUGUAAAAUAAAAGAGUAUCAAUUUGUACAAAGCUCACUUGAGGCCAUAUGUUGGUGUCCAGAAACCAGUACACUUUAUAAUAGUGGGCAAGAUCGUCCCUUUAUCAGUUGGUAUAAAAUGAGCUGGUAAAUGAUGGGGGCAUGACAACAUAUGAUCAGGUUACAAACUGGUUCACUGCAAUUUUUCUAUACUUUUAAAUGAGCAUAAAAUGUGACACACAAAAAUAUUGACAUAAGAAAAAAGUUCUCAUAUACUUCUAUUUGACAGUGUCAGUUUUAGACUGUUCAUAUAUUGUUUUGUGCCAGUGGUGACAUUUCACAUACUGUGUAAACUGUUAAAGUCAUGAUUAGUUGGA